GGGCCGUACCCAGCGGGCCCCGGGCAUGGCGGGCCGCGGGAAGCUGAUCGCGGUGAUGGGCGACGAGGACACGGUGACCGGGUUUCUGCUGGGCGGCAUCGGGGAGCUGGACAAGCACCGGCGGCCCAACUUCCUGGUGGUGGAGAAGGAGACGAGCCUGGGGGGGGGGGGGGGGGGGGGGGGGGGGGGGGGGCCCCCGCCCCGUGUGCCCCCUGACUCCUCGUUUCCCUGCCGCAGGGGUUUCCUGGCGCGGGAGGACGUGGGCAUGAUCCUGAUCUCGCAGGCCCUGGCGGAGCAGAUCCGGCCGGCCGUCGCAGCCCACGCCCGGGCGCUGCCCGCGGUGCUCGAGAUCCCCUCCAAGGACCACCCCUACGACCCGGCCCGGGACUCGGUGCUGCGCCGCGCCCGCGGGCUCUUCGCACCCGAUGAGCUGCGAUAGAGCCCCAGGACCCCCCGGGCCCUCCCGGCACUGCCCCAAAUCCCCUCAAACCUCCCUCUAAGCUCCCCCAGACAGUUCCCCCAUACACCCAGUGUGUGCAAACCCCCAUGGCACCCCCAGGCUGUGCCCUGUGUCCGUGGCCUCUUUGCACCCAGCCAUGGGUGACAGGCACCCACAGGCACCCCCAUGCAGUCCCCCACCACUCCCCCAACUUCUUCACACUCGACAACCUGUGGUAGCCCUCCCUGGUACCCCAAAACAGCCCCCGGCACCCCACAGGAUCACAAGCUGGGCCUGGGAGUCUCCAAGGAAACCCACCCAGGGUCCCCCAGCCCACCUGGGGCAGUUAUGUCCCGUGCCGGGGGGUCCCCACCCCACGAGGUCCCCAGCCUGUCCCAGGGUGCUGUUGGGGGGUCCCUGGGGUUCCCAGGGUGUCCUUGGGGUACUGGGGGGCUGUGGUUGCCCCGUGGGUCUGAGGGUGACACGUGGGGUGUCUCUGAGCGUGCUGGGGCAGCCACAGGGACCUUGUGGGUGACCUGAGACUGUGUG